CCAUCCAGCACCCAAAGGCACCUGGGCUGGGCUCUUGCCCACCAGGUCAGAACAAAACAGGUUUAUCACUGUUGGGAAGAAUUUCAGUUAUUAAGAUGAAUGUCCCACCACGCCUGAUGUUCCUGUUCCAAACAAUACCAAUUUUACACAAAACGGACUUGUUAGCAAAGUGGCAACAGGAGUUGUCAAAAUUUGUUUGGGCAGGGUGCAUGAUCUGCCUGGGCCAGUCGACCUUCCUUCGGUUCAACCAUCCGGCUGAGGCCAAGUGGAUGAAGAGCAUGAUCCCCAGUGCGGGGCGAGGCCCUGCAGCAGCCCAGCAAGGACUCAUGCCAGAGGCCCAGAGCCCGAGGAGGAACGGCAACCCGGAGGCCACGAAGACUUCCCGGCACAGCCCGAGCGCCCUGGUCAGCUCCAUCGAGCGAGACCUGCAGGACAUAAUGGACUCCCUGGUGCUGGACGAGGAGGGCCUCUCCACCAGGCAGUCGCCGGCCAGCGCUCGGUCCCCGGACUCCUCCGUCGUGAACGGCCGGGGGGGCCGCUCCCUGCUCUCCCCGCCCCAGAGCCCCAGUGCCAUGUCCGUGGGCUCCAGCUACGAAAAUGCCUCCCCACCCUUCUCGCCACUCUCCUCCCCUGCGAGCAACAGCAGCGGCACGAGUCACUCCCCUCUGGGCCAGGAUCCGAGCCCCGCAGUCCCACCCGUGGUCCCCGUCCGCUCCUCCAGCUACAACCACGCCAUGCUAACAACGUCCCACAGUGGGCCCGGCCUGGAGCUCCCCGGCAGUCCUGCACGAGGGACGGGGGGGAGCCCCCGGGUGGCACGCAGAGCCAUGCACGACGCGCCCCUCAGCCCCACGCCCUGCCGUAGGGCCCGGCCGUCAGUGGAGAGCGCCUGCCCCGGCCAGCGCGUUUCCCCUCCCCCUGCACUGCCCGUCCCCAGGAGUGAGAGCCUGCCGGGUGGCGCACGCUUGGAGUCAAAGUUCCAGUUGCCGUCCGUGCCACAGUCCAAAGCCGGGAUGCUGCAGGAGAGGCCCCCCAGCCCCUUCCGGGAGUCCCGAGACGUUCCCGCCAGCCCCUCCCGUCCAGGCCCCGGGAAAGGCUCCCAGACCCCAGAGGCAGCAGGAGCCGCGCAGAGCCCGCCAUCGGGCCGGGGGCUGCAGCCCCCUGACAGUCCGCGGCUGGGCAGGCGGACCCUGGAGAGCAGGCGGGACCUGCCCCCCCUCAGCCCAGCCCUGUCCCGCAGAGCAGCCUCGCCGGUCAGCCACCCGAGCCCCUCGCCGCAGAACCCCUGUGCCCGGAGGAGGGACCCUUCGGACGGCCUCUCUGCCGCCUCGCUGUCCUGCCUGCGGGGCCGCAGCCCUUCGCCCACUUUGCCGGCUGGGGAGCAGCGCAAGCCCGGCUGCGGGGUGGGCCUGAGCCCUGCCUACAGCCUGGGCUCCCUGACGCUGCCCACCGCCUCCCCGCACCAGAGCCCCCGGGCCCGCCGCAAGAUGUCCGGGGAGCUGCCGCUGCCGCCGGGCCCCAUGCGGGAGCGCAAGCGGAGCAUCUCGGAGCUCAGCAGCAACGAGGGCGACCUGCUGCAGUACCACUGGUGGCACCGCCAGGAGCGGCUGCGGGAGCAAGAGAUGGAGCGCCUGGAGCGCCAGCGGCUGGAGACCAUCCUGAGCCUGUGUGCGGAGUACACCCGUGGCGAUGGGAGUCCAGGCCCGGAGCAGCAAGUCUUUCCCGGCGCUGCCGAGGGGGGCAGGAGGCCCUCCAGGGGCUCCAUCAGCCGCGGUGGUGGUGGCAUGGAGCAGCCCCUGGAGCCCCAGCGCUCAGAGGAGGACCCCCUGAAGGAGGAGAGCAGCAGCACCGAGAGCGCUGGCCAGGAGCAGGAGGAGCCACCGAAGAGCCCCACUGGCCGGGAGGCCAUGCGUCUGGAGGAGGCACGCGCCCGGCUGCUCACCAACAUCGACCAGCUCAAGAGCCGCGCCAAGGAGCUGGAGCAGCAGCUUCAAGAGACCGCUCGGGAGGUGGAGAUGGAAGGAGACCUCCUGCAGGGGGAGCGCGAGGCCGAGCGGCUCCAGCUGCACCAGGAGCAGAAGAUGAUGCAGCAGCUGCAGGAACGGCGGUCUGGUCUGGACAGCUCCAUCCUUCGAGACCGAGACCAGGAGAGAGCAAAGGUUGAUGCUGAAAGGAAGGAGCUGGAGAGACUGCGGGCCCUUUGCUCCGAGCUCCAGCACCAGCUUCACAGCUGCCCCGAGUCAAUGCGGGAGCAGCUGCAGGACCAGCUGUGCAGGGUCAGUGCUUCCUCUUCUCCCCCUUCACCACCCCUCCGCCCGCGCCUGGGCCCAGAGACGGAGGCCAAGGUUUUUGAGGACCUGGAGUUCCAGCAGCUGGAGAAAGAGAGCCGCCUGGAGGAGGAGCGGGAGGUGCUGGGCCAGCAGCUCCUCCACAGCAGAGCUGAGAGCCACCGGAGCGUGGCCCGCAGGAAGGAGCGCAUGGCGGCCCUGGAGAGCCAGGCCAACCAGAUCCGGCUGCAGGCGGCGCAGGAGGCGGAGCGGCUGGGCAGGGAGAAGGCCGCCACCCUGCAGCUGCUGCAGAAGGAGAAGGACGCCCUUCUUGCGCUGGAGAGGCGGUACCGGGAAGUCACAGGUGGCUCCGGCUUCCCCAAGGCCUCUGCUGCCCUGCGAGAGGCCUAUCGCUCCAAGAUGGAUGUCCACUCCAGUGGCGUUGCGUGGCCAAAGAGCGGUGGCUCAUCCUCACAGAGUUCUCUGCUGCUGCUGCCACCAUCGCCGCCUCCCCCCCAGGAGGGCACGGGCACCCUGCCUCGGAACCUGGCCGGCACCCUGCAGGAGAUCGAAAACAAGCGCCAGCUGGCCCUGCAGCAGAAGGGGCAGCAGGUGAUCGCGGAGCAGCGGAGGCGCCUGGCAGACCUGAAGCUGAGGGCCGCGGCCGAGGCGCAGUCUCAGUGGGAAGCCCUGCACGGGCAGCCCCCCUUCCCCCCCUCGCGCUCCCCCCUCCUCAUGCCCCACUCCAUCCUCCACCACCACCCCCCCGGGGGCCUGGGCGGGGAGGAGCCGGAGCACGCCUACGACACCCUCAGCCUGGAGAGCUCCGACAGCCUGGACACCAGCCUCUCCACCAGCGGCGCCUCGGCCUGCUCCCCCGACAACGUCUCCAGUGCCAGCGGAGCUGAUGUCGGGAAGAUCGAGGAGAUGGAGACCAUGCUGAAGGAGGCCAACGCAGAAAAGUCCCGCCUGAUGGAAUCGCGAGAGCAGGAGAUGGAGUUGCGGCACCAGGCGCUGGAGGAAGGGCGGCGGCAGCAGCUGGAGCGGCAGCUGCAGGAUGAGGCCGUGCGGCGGCAGAGACUCAUUGAGAAGGAGGUCAAGAUGCGGGAGAAGCAGUUUGCACAGGCACGGCCCCUGACCCGCUACCUGCCCAUCCGCAAAGAAGACUUUGACCUACGUGCCCACGUGGAAUCAUCGGGCCACAGCGUGGACACCUGCAGCCACAUCAUCCUCUCGGAGAAGAUGUGCAAAGGCUACCUGAUCAAGAUGGGGGGCAAGAUUAAGUCCUGGAAGAAGCGCUGGUUCGUGUUUGAUCGGCUGCGGCGCACCUUGGCCUACUACGUCGACAAGCACGAGACGAAGCUCAAAGGCCUGAUCUACUUCCAGGCGAUUGAGGAGGUCUACUACGACCACCUCCGCAGCGCAGCAAAGAAGGGAUUCUUCUCCCUGAAGCGGGUCAGUCACCUAGCAGACUUUCUCCCUGCUCCCUUCAGUAGAGAGAGCCCCAACCCGGCCCUCACCUUCUGCGUCAAGACCCACGACCGCCUCUACUUCAUGGUGGCCCCUUCGGCGGAGGCCAUGCGCAUCUGGAUGGACGUCAUCGUGACCGGGGCCGAAGGCUACACCCAGUUCCUGAGCUGAGGCGCUCUUCCCGCGGGACUCGGCUCAGCCGCCGCUGACCCACCGUGGGCCUCCGUGCCAAAGACCCUGCCGGGCUGAAGGGGCCCCGUCCCCCUCGCCCGCCACUGCAGCGGAGGCAGCCCCCCGCAAGGCCGGCCCGGCCCCUGGUGCUGACUGCAGGGGCCCCCGUGGCCCUUGGACCCCCCACUGUGCUUGUCGUGGCCAGACCGAGGCCCUGCCCUCCACCGUGUGCCUCGGGUGGGGAGGGGGACAGAGGACUCAGCCCGCCCCCCCCAGAACGCCCAUCCAGACCGCAUUCUCCGCCCUGACCCUGGCCCAGUCGCCCUGAGGACAAGCACCCCCCACCAUUCCCUCAGGACCCAGACCUCGGGGCCAGGGGACCGCCUCGGCCGCUUCUCUUGAUUGAGGCAACGGCUCGUUUGUUUCUGGGGGUGGGUGGGUUGGAAUAAAGCUUUGUAAUUUC